GAGCGAGCGAGAGAGGGGGAGAGCGAGAGCGCAAUCGGUCGGAAAUCACUUCACUCUCACAUAGGCUUUCCACAGUAUAGACGCGCGCGGUGAGCUGCGGCAAGAGCGCGAGCCCCGGCGUACUCGGUAACUCUCAAUGCUGAACUGACGAUGAGAGCACGCGCACAGGACACUACCGGACAUAGCCUUGGAAGAUUUUUCUGUUUUCACUUUUACGCACAGACAGUUGUGGACUGAAGGUUGAAGUUUUGGAGGAUGUUGUCGUGUGGAAUUGGACGUUUCGGGAUGCUGUGAGUCCGGUCCGGAGUAGCGCUGGUUCAGGGUUUCCUUCCGUGCGCAAGGAGAGGACACAUCUCUCUGAUGUGCGUAACCCAAGUUGCGCGCUCUUAUUUUCUGACGUGACACUUUUUGCUACAAUUUUAGCGUGCCCUUCGUGUUAAAAAGAGGAUUUUUCAUGAGAAACAAGAGAGCUGACAGCGGAAAAGGGUGCUUUUUUGUAUCGACAGGAUUGCGGUGGUGCUGAAUUUUGGAUUCCCAAGCGCUUGAUUUAUAGUGUUGAAAAGGGAAGCGGCUUUCAGUCCGACUCUAUCAGUCAAGACUAAGAGGAGCUACUAUCCGCUAAGCAACAGACUGACGAUGUGCCAGAGUGCCAAUGCGAUGUGGUCACGGUGGAGUGCCAUGCUAGUGUGGAUUUUGCUUCUCCUUUGCUGCUCUGCAAAUGUAGUCAACACCAUUCUCUACCAGGUGACCGAGGAGCAGCCCCCGAACUCCCUGAUUGGCAGCUUGGCAUCUGACCAGGGCCUGCCAGACACCGGCCACCUUUACAAGCUGGAGGUUGGUGCUCCUUACCUCCGCGUGGAUGGCAAAACUGGGGAAAUCUACACCACGGAGAACUCUAUCGAUCGGGAGUCUCUUAAAGACUGUCGCAACCUUUUCGAGGGUGAUCCUUGUUUCCUAGAAUUUGAGGUGUCUAUUACAGACCUGAUGAAAGGCACAGGACCUCGGCUUAUUGAAGGCCGCAUUGAGAUCUUGGAUGAAAACGACAACACUCCCCAAUUCUCCUCACCUGUCUUGACAUUGUCGAUCCCAGAAAACACACAUGUGGGUGCACUUUUUGCAAUUCCUGUAGCCACGGACAGGGAUUCUGGAAGCAAUGGCAUCGCUGAUUAUGCGCUAACCACCGGCCCUGAAGCUGCCAACCUUUUUAGCCUGCAGGUGGCACAAGACUCUGAUGAGAAAUUGCCGCAACUCAUUGUGUUGGGUAACCUGGAUAGAGAGCUGCGAGAUUCAUACGACCUCAACAUAAAAGUGAUUGACGGCGGCUCUCCACCCCGCCAGAGUAGCGCCCUCCUUAGGAUCACCAUAACAGAUGCUAAUGACAAUGUCCCCAAAUUUGAGAAGUCACACUACGAGGGUGAGCUGCCAGAAAACAGCCCAGUGGGUCAUUCUGUCCUUCAAGUGAAGGCCAAUGACUCUGACAUGGGACCCAACGGUGAGGUUACCUACAGCCUCCAUCAGCCAUCAUCACCAGUGAUGAGACUUCUAAGCAUUGACCGCAACACGGGCAUAAUUUUUGUCAAAGGCUCAGUAGAUCGUGAAGAAAUCAGCAUUCUCAAGUUCUACGUCCAAGCUAAAGACAACGGUCCCCAGUCAAAGAGCUCCAAAGCCCUCGUGACUAUCACAGUGAAAGAUCAGAAUGACAACGCACCCUCCAUUAGAAUCCGAGGCAUUGGCCUUGUAACACACGAAGAUGGUGUCGCUAACAUAUCAGAGGACAUGCCUGUAGGCACAGCUGUGGCUUUGGUGGAGGUAUCAGAUCGUGAUGAGGGCGAAAAUGCGGUUGUUACCUGUGUGGUCGCUGGGGAUGUACCGUUCCAGCUACGUUCAGCAAGUGAAACAGGCAAUGACCGAAAGAGGAAGUACUUCCUCCAGACGACCACGCUUCUGGACUAUGAACGGAUCAAAGAGUAUAGGAUUGAAAUUGUUGCAGUGGACUCUGGCAACCCUGCACUAUCCAGCACUAAUUCUCUGAAAGUGCAAGUGACAGACAUGAAUGACAAUGCCCCAGUGUUCUCACCUACUUUGUAUGAGGUGGAAUUUCCUGAGGAGAACCAGCCAGGUGACAAGGUUCUGGAUGUGGUAGCUACGGAUGCCGACAGUGGGACUAAUGCAGAGUUAACAUACAGUAUCACUGGUGGAUCAGUUCCUGAGGGGCUCUUUGAAAUUAACCCUAACACAGGAGAAGUGCGUGUCCUGAGCCAGUUGGACCGUGAACAAUUAGAUCACUAUCAAUUUCUGGUCGCAGCAUCUGAUAAAGGUGUACCAAGCCUAAGAGGAACUGCCACUGUUGUUGUUAAGGUGCUUGACAGGAAUGACAAUGACCCUAAAUUUAUGCUUAAUGGUUAUAGCUUUUCAGUCCAAGAGAACAUGCCACCCCUUAGUCCUGUUGGAAUGGUGACAGUCAAUGAUCACGAUGAGGGUGAAAAUGCUCGUGUUCAACUUUCUGUAGAACCAGACAAUGGAAAGUUUAUGAUUCAAAAUGGAACCUACACCAUCCUUUCAACUAUUUCCUUUGACAGGGAAAAGGAGAGCACCUACAGUUUCCGACUGAAAGCUGUUGAUGGAGGUGACCCACCACGCUCCUCCUACGUUGGCAUUACUAUAAAUGUUCUUGAUGAGAAUGACAAUGCUCCCUAUGUAACCAAACCCGCGAACUCCUCAUACAAGUUUUUGGAUCCCCGCACCAGCCCAGAAACCCACGUAGAAAGUGUUGAGGCAGAAGACAUUGACAUUGGUUUAAAUUCUGAGCUGGACUUCAAUAUUGUAGGGGGUAACCCUCAUGGCUUGUUCCGCAUCUCCUCGGAAGGCGAGAUUACGUUGGCUAAAGAGUUCACACCCAAACACAUUGGUCUCCACCGACUGGUAGUAAAAGUUAAGGACAAAGGCACGCCACCACGCCAAACGACUGCGCUGGUUCACAUCUAUGUCAAUGAGACUAUCGGCAACGUUUCUCAUGUUGAAGGACUGGUUGGUCACAGUCUGUAUACGCCACUUGAAAUGGACAUCGCAGGAGAUCCAGAUUAUUCUCGAGACCCACAUAGCAACAUUCUCUUUGCAGUCUUGGGUGGCUUUUCUGUGGUCAUUCUUAUCAUAGUGGUGGCCAUGAUCAUCAGGCAUCUCGUACUGAAGGAGAACAAAAGUGGCUACCAGGCAGGCAAAAAAGAGACCAAAGACCUAUAUGCCCCCAAACCAGGACCUAAGAGCAACAAGAACAAAAAGGCAAAGAAAAAUAAAGCGCCAAAGCCUGCCAACCCUUCUGAGGAGGAUGAGGGGGGAACUCUUCAGAAAGGCCUGAAGUUCAAUCUCAUGAAUGAAAAUGUCAACGAUAGCCCUAGGAUUCACCUGCCACUCAACUACCCUCCCGGGAGCCCAGACCUAGGGCGACACUAUCGGUCUAAUUCUCCUCUGCCAUCUAUUCAGCUCCAACCUCAAUCACCAUCUGCCUCAAAGAAACACCAGGCAGUGCAGGACCUGCCAGCCACCAACACCUUUGUAGGAACCGGGGACAACAACUCAACGGGCUCAGACCAGUAUUCGGAUUACAGCUACAAGGCCAACUCUUCGAAAUACAGCACCAAACAGCUCCCGCAUCGCCGAGUGACUUUCUCCACAGCCAAUCAGGCGCAGGAUCUUCAGGAUCCCUCUCAGCACAGCUACUAUGACAGCGGUCUGGAAGAGUCAGAGACGCCCAGCAGUAAGAGUUCCUCAGGGCCCCGCAUCGGCCCCCUCGCCCUUCCUGAAGACCACUACGAGCGCACCACCCCGGACGGCAGCAUCGGAGAGAUGGAACACCCCGAGAACGAUUUGAGGCCUCUACCUGACGUGGCCAUGACGGGAAAAUGCACUCGCGAAUGUACAGAAUACGGCCACUCGGAUUCCUGCUGGAUGCCCGGACAGCCCUCACCCAACCGCAGCAAGAGUGCAAAGAGCGGGCCCAAGCUCUCCACCUUCGUGCCUUACCAGGAGAGAGAGGGUCAGGAGCGUCUGAUGGCUGACAGCAGCUCUAAACCUCACGGAGAGGAGCGGAGCGGAGGCGGGAGCAACAAAGUGGCCAGCAUUCGUUUUUUGCCUCCCUACACUAGUGCCUAUUCCACAGGCGGCGACUCCGGCAAGGACUGUCCCCGAGAGGAGAUCCCCCUGAAUCAGACAGCCGAUUAUGUCCCUGCCACCACACCAUCCAGCCAAGGCUCCAAAAGAGAAAUCUACCUGUGAUUUACCUGUUCUCCGUCUAGGUUCGAUUCCACUUUUGAUCCAAUUUACUUGUGAUCAGCAAUGCCUGUGAGAGGAUAAAAGGCCUCGUUGUCAAAACACCUGCUAAUUCUCCUACACCACCAGACCCCAAUUUACACAGACGUCUUCUCCAAUCUCCUCAGCUAUAAGCCUAAUGGCUGACACAAAACAGCUAGAGACCUUAUUUAAAACCCUUGGGGUUUCAGACAACCAUGCACAUUGUUAGAGGCUCUGGAAGCCCAAUAGAUAUGAACGAAGAAAAUAAUAAUAAAAAAAAAAACUACAAGUAGAAAACAAUUUUGUGAAUAUAAAACGAAGAACACAAUCCCCAUGUAAACUUCUAAACGAAAGAAUGUAAGGACAAUUUUUAAAGUGAACUUUGUGAUAAUUUAAUGUCAAGGUUAUAUUCCUAUUUGAUUUGGAUUAGUUCGCUGAUUUUUUAAAUAUAUAUAUAUACAUGUAUACUUAUGAUCAGACUGUAGUUAUGCUUACCUAAAACAUAUACACUGACCUACACAUCCAAAUAGUACUUUUUUUCUUAUGUGUGUGUGUGUGCAUCUGUAGUAAGAACUGAAGCCAGAUGAACUGGCAAACCAAAUACUGGCAAUUCAAGAGGGAAAUUCUCAACAUGCAUACUUUACAGAAGAGAAAACAUUCACUUUUCUUUCAGCACUGAAUGGUUUCUUACAUUUGUCUUUUUUUUUUAAUAGGAAACUCUUUUCUUAAUGUACAGCGAUGUAAAUACUACACUGUCUGAUGAGCCAGUUUUGAUUUACGAUUCAGUUGUACAGACUCUUGAAGCCGAAGCUUCUUCUGUUGAUGAUAGUAGAAGAGACAUUGCUCAGAGGAUUUCCCUCCCUGCCAGUAAAAGAAGGACAGCAGUUCUGGACCUUGGAAUGCUAAUGAUAAUCCACAGUAUGAGCCUCCGCCAUGGACUCAAACGAACAUUGAAUUUGGGGCAAAAUCCAAGGGAAACAAAUGGAUUACAGCAGAUUUGCAUGAUGCCAUUUGUCAUUUCAGACAAAUUUGACGGGCGCCCAUGGGAAGCUCCCUCAGUAACUCUUCCUCUGUAAUACUUCUGUACUUCAUCAUAAGACUUUCUGCAAGGAGCUGAGGCUUUAGGUGAGUUGCCCUCUGGAAGAGCAUUGUUCAACCCAUCUAAACCCUAGUGAGGAGCAACAACUUUCACAAAAACUUUUUAAAAAGAGAAAAAAAAAACUGUCCAUGUGCUGUGCAAUAGCCUACUCGUUUUCGGACGUGUCAAACUCUGUUGUGUAGAUGUGUGGUUUUGUCAGAGAUUUUCGCUCUGCUCUGUUGUGGGUUUGACCCUGUCAAAAAUGAACGCUCGUAAGAGGUAGACAAGUUCAAAAAUCGUGGCAGCAGAACAUUUCUCUUGUGUUUGACCACAUUAAAGUUGUAUUCAACAAAUCCAGUAUAUUCGAGAACAUCUGAGAUUCUGUUUUAACUGUGCUUUGAGCGCAUGACAUAACAAGACUCCCACAGCGAGCCUAGGAACGUCUAAAUUACUCUAACCUAUUACCACAAAGUCACACAGGCACUCGCCUAACUGGGACGCUUUUGUUAGAACCUCUAAUUUCCACAUCUGAAAGCGAGGUUUACGGGAAGUUCAUUUAGGACCGUUAUUAAUAGUGGCUGACGGUAACAGAGAUUGCAUCAGGUGCGAUGCAGGUCAGCAGAAGCUAUAAUGAGUAUUCAAGGCCCCAGCAACACACAAAAAGUGAACUAUAAUUUACACCAUGUCGCACAGCAAAGUCACCACUUAAAACCGGUUCUUCCCCUCGGAUGAUUUUGACGUUAACUCUGUAGGUGUAGAGUCAACAUUGGCAGAGCUCCAUGCUUUUGAUUUAAUAUAAAGUCUGCUUUUUUAAAAACACACACACACACACAAUGACCCCAAAUGCUAAAGGUCGGUGUCUCAGAUGACGCACAUUUGGUGUGACAUUUCCUUUGAGAGAGUGGAUUCAUUUAGCUCACAGCUGACCCCUUUAUUUGAACACUAAAUGACCAAACAUUGGAAUGACUAAGGUUGUCUCAAUCAGCUCCCUAGCUCGCGAGGUUGUGUAAACGAAUUCGGGCACUAGGAAGAACAGUGAUGAGUUUGGCUCACUACACAUUGGGACACUGUUCACACAGGGCAUCAGCACCAGCGCUUGAUGGAUGGUGUGUCUGAAGUUUGGUGCUGAUGCGAUCGUCAUAGCAGCAUCAGCCAAUGAAAUCAGACUGCCCCAA